AAGAAGAAGAAGAAGAAGAAGACUGAUUUUUGCAGAGUAUUUUUACUGAAGUAUCAGGUAAUGUCAUGUGAGGACAUGGCAGCUGAGGUAGGCAGGAAGCCCCAGUUUUAUAUGUGUAGCUGUUUUACAACUAAUAAUAUUUUCYUGGACGAUUACAAGCUGCAUGUUCGCUUUGUUUCUGAACACCAGUUCAGGCUGGACUAUCAGACACAGCUGACGAGGCUCGGCUGCGUCACUGACCAGCAGUAUGAGGAAGUGCUUGACAAGAUUCACAAGGAAGUGGACAGACGGCGGCAGCUGUGUGUUGUGUCUGCUGAUCGAGCUGCUGUGAUACAACGCACAUACCGGCCUCUCCAUCCUCAUGUCUACCACCUGCAGGAGGCUUUUCUCACUCCACAACUCAAGCAGAUUGUGGAGUACUGUCGAAGCAGCAGUGCUGACAAAGAAGGUCUCAUGGAACUGCUGGAAGAAGAGCCAGAUCCUCCUCAAUGAGCUCGGCUUUGAUGAAGGUUUCAUCACUCCCCUCCGUGAGCACUAUUUGCACCCAGUUACGUCCCUGCUUUACCCAGACUGCGGGGGUUGUUGUCUGGAUAGUCACAAGGCCUUUGUGGUCAAAUAUGACAUGAACGAAGACCUGGACCUAAGCUAUCACUACGACAAUGCAGAGGUCACCCUGAAUGUUUCACUAGGCAAAGAGUUUACUGAUGGCAACCUGUACUUUGGCGAUAUGAGACAGGUGCCUGUGUGUGAGACAGAGUGCACGGAGGUCGAACAUAAAGUCACCGAGGGGCUCCUCCACCGGGGCCAGCACAUGCACGGGGCCCUGCCCAUCUCCUUCGGCCAGCGCUGGAACAUCAUCAUCUGGAUGAGAGCCUCACAGGAACGCAACAAACUGUGCCCCAUGUGUAACAAGAGUCCCUGUCUAGUGGAGGGAGAUGGCUUUGCUGAUGGCUUCACCAAACAYGAGGCACCACUGAAUACGUCGUGUGCACUGGCAUGACCGUUUGAUGUUCAUGCUUUCAUAUAGUUGUGUAACUGGGAUUGUUGGACAUUUAGGUAAAUAGUUUGAUUUAUUUAAAAACUGUGUUUCUGUGUAAAUAAAAUGAGGUGAUGUUAAUUUUAAAGCUUGUUUGGAGAAACAGUUGAAGUCCAACAGGACUGAUGAGGUAACAAAUCAAGUUAAAACCAGAGUGAAAUGAUGUCAUUUUAAAAUGGCUUCUGUCUCCAGAUUUUCAGGUUUUCUUGAGCAMAGUUUUAUCAUCCAUUCAUCUGGUUCACUUCUGCAGCUUAUCUGUGAUGGUUCACACAUGCAUUGAGUUCGAGAGAGAAACCCAGACAUCCCUUUUCCCAGCAACACUGUUCAGCUUCUCCUGAUCCAACGUUUGUUCCCGAGUCAGAGAGGAUUAUGUUAACAUCUGCCAACCACUGCUGUACUCUUUACAGUGCCUUGUUCUUUGAGAUAAAUAAUCUCCAUCAUUGGAAUAACUUACCUGCCAGCUGCCAUCAAACUGUAUGAACAAUGUAGAAAUGUGUACUAAAGUGUAUGCUACUAAAUGUACCCCCCUACAAUUUUGUAUAUUUUAUACACUAUUUUUUAAUAUUUGUGUAUUUUAGUAUUAAUAGCUUGUAUUGAUACCUUAUUGAUGCUGUUGUCUGUGAACUUGUAAUUUCCUGCAAAGGAUCAAUAAAGUAUCCAUCUAAUCCUUCCAGUAA